AUGUUCGUCUUAUCACUUGGCAUUACUGCCACAACUUUUUCCACCAAUACUAGAUCUAUGGAUCCAUUUUCUAAGACCAAUAAUAAUAGCAAUAGAAAAACCAAGAAUAUCAUAAUCAACAGAAAGACACUAAACGACAAAAAUGCUGCCAAUAUUACUAUUACUUCCAAAAACUUAUUGGGAAUGAAAGUUAAUGUUUUCAAGUUUUUGAAUGAUUUAUUAUAUAGAUUACCUCAAGAACAACAAAAAUCUAACAAAUUAUUCCCAUCUUUAAAAGAUGCUAGUAUUGUCAACUUGAAUAAUUCAAAAAACCAAUCAAAAUUGCCAAUAAAUUGUGCCGCUGAUGAUUUAGAUUUAAGUCUUUCUGGUUCUAAUGAUCAAAUUGAAUUUUUCACUAAUUUCAUUUCCACUACUGGUAAUGUAUAUGUUGAUUCUAACUCGGUUUCAACCGCUAAUUCAGCUGUUUCCUCAUUAUCUAAUAAUGGGAUUUUAAUGGCUCCUCAAGCAAACCAAUCUAGUUAUCAAGGACAAUUUAAUUCAAAUGUUGGCAAUAUUCAAAACGUUAAAAUGCCUUACUAUUACAAUAAUACACCAAAUAGUAUUGCUAUGAACCCUCAUCAUGCUAAACCAAACUUGCCUGAAUUCGAUGACUUCUUAGAAGCUCAUCAAAAUCAAUUCAAUGCACGUAAUGAACAAUUAUUACAUCACUAUCAACAAUCUCAACAAAUCCAUAUGAAUAAUAAUAGCAAUAAUAACGCUCAACAAUUUCAAUCCCAAAUUCAACAUGACGAUGAAUUCUCUGAUGGUUACAAUUUCAGUAACAUGAUUGGUUUAAACACUGCAACCAAUUCUGCUCCAUACUUCAACGAUUUCAACCAUCAAGUUGAUGUUUAUUUGUCUUCGUCUGUUUCUUCUAAUGAAAGUUAUAUAAGUCCCUUAGAUGAUGAAUUCUUCAAGAAGUUCAACAACAAUAAUGGUAGUGCUUCUACUUCAACCAAUAAUGUUACUCCAUUUACUAAUUUUGACGCUUUGAUUGGUGAUGAAGAUGACGAUAUUGAAGAUUUCUCUAGAAAGAGAAAAUUCGAUUCAGUUAGUUCUCAAUCAUCUAGUAAUUUUGAAUAUUCUUUAUCUCAAGAACAAUUUAUUCCUCCAACAAGUGUUCCAAAUACUAGAAAGCCAUCUUUAUUGGCUUCCCAAUCCAUCCAAGCUCAAAAGCAAAAACAUAAACAACCUAAGAUGCCACAAUCCCCAAAGAAGUAUAAGAAAAAGAAGUCUAACUUGAAUGGUGUUGUAAACAGUGCUGAUAUAAAGAUUGAACAAAGUGAAUCAAACAUUGUUUCAAUUAAACAGCAGCCAAUGGAUUUAUCUGAACAACCAAUUCAAGAAGCUAAGAAAUCUAGUAGAUCUAAUUCUUUAACCAACAAUAAUGGUGAUGUGUUAAAUCAUUCUUGCCCUCAUUGUUCUGCUGCUUUUAAAGUCAAAGGUUAUUUAACCCGUCACUUGAAGAAGCAUAAUUCUGCCAAGGCAUUUGUAUGUCCAUUUUAUCAAGAACCAAGUGAUGGUACAAGUGGUACUAAAUGUCAUCCAACUGGUGGAUUUUCAAGAAGAGAUACUUAUAAGACUCACUUGAAGGCUUUGCAUUUCAUAUAUCCACCAGGUACUAAAUCAAAUGAAAGAAACAGUAUCAGCGGUAGAUGUGCAGGAUGCUUUCAAUUCUUUGAAAACAAUAUUCAAUGGUUGGAAACUCAUAUUGAGACCGGUAGUUGUACAGGAACUGUUGAAUGUAAGUUACAAGGACUGCAUCAACAAGAAAAAUCACCAUUAGCAUCUAAUCAAGAUCAAGAUCAAGACGAAAAAGUAAUUAAAGUUAAGGUUGAAAAUGAUUUCGAUACACAAGAACUUGAGGUUCAUGCUUCGCAUUACAUCAAACAAGAAAUUGUUGAUUGA